CGCAGCUACUCGCGUGCCACCCUCUGUUUUGUUGUUGUUGUUGUCUCAUCGUCGCUGACCCUAAUUUUUUUUUUCGGGCUCUGCCGCCCGACGGUUGGUCCGCCGCGCGCAUGCAGCGGAAUGGCUCGAGCGGUUCCAACGGUUCUGACAGCUGCGGCGGCGGGAGGGGCCGCCAAGCUCUGUCCUUCAGCCCGCUGCCCGCCGCCGCCGCCACCACGACUCGGGUCCGGCGGUUCGUCCAGGAGAGGCGGGCGCUGCCGCUACCCAGGGUGAUGGUGGUGUUCUCGGCCGCGAGUGACACCGAGAAACCGGGCGAUGCCAUGUCAAGCUCGGACUCCGCCGCGGAGGAGGACUUCCGAAAGCCGGCCUCCCCGGCGCCGAGCUUCGCUCUCAGCAAGCCGCUCCGCUCGUCGCUCAACACCCCGGAGCCGGAGUUUCCAGAGGUCAUCUCUCUGAACGUUGGGGGUACGUACUUCACCACCCGCCUGUCCACCCUGCGGCGAUACGAGGACACCAUGUUGGCCGCUAUGUUCAGCGGGCGUCAUUACAUCCCACGUGAUGCUGAGGGACGCUACUUCAUCGAUCGGGAUGGAACAUAUUUUGCGGACAUCCUGAACUUCCUGCGAGAGGGUGAGCUUCCUCACAGGGACCGGGUGCGAGCGGUGCACAGGGAGGCUCAGUUCUACUCCAUCGGCCCGCUGCUGGACAGCCUGGAGGACACACAGCCGCUCACGGGGGAGAAAGUUCGCCAGGCCUUCCUCGACCUGAUGCCCUACUACAGAGACAAUCUGGAGCGCAUCGUGGAGAUCGCCAAGCUGAGGGCCAUGCAGAAGAAGGCGCGGUUCGCCAAGCUGAAGAUCUGCGUCUACAAGGAGGAGAUGCCGAUCACGCCGUACGAGCGGCCUCUGUUCAACUCGCUGCGCUUCGAGCGCUCGGACAGCGAGGCCAAGCUCUUCGAGCACCACUGCGAGGUGGACGUCUCCUUCGGCCCCUGGGAGGCGGUGGCGGACGUUUACGACCUUCUGCACUGCAUCGUGAGCGACCUGGCCGAGCGCGGCAUCACCGCCGAGCAGCAGUGCAUCGGCGUCUGCGACAAGCACCUGAUCAACCACUACUACUGCAAGAGGCCCAUCUACGAGUUCAAGAUCACGUGGUGGUGAGGCCGGGAGGGAGGGCAGAGCCGAUGGGACCAAAAGCCAGAGGACGGGUGCUCUCUUUUUACUACAACUCGACCGAUAUUGGUUUUUGUAUUGAAGUUGCCAAUAUUUUGUGCUGAUGUCUUAAAAUGUGACCCUUUAAAUCACGCUUCGACAUGUAGGUACGCUAUUUUUAUUUUUAUUUUAAAAAUGAAAAACACAAGUAAACUACCAAACUCAGUUGGUAGUUUAUCUAGGCCGGCUACAGUGCAGUUUAACACAACAGUCCUGAAUUAAAUCUUCAAUUUAAAACUUAAUGAAGAGGAAUUUAUUGCAGCACUGUUGUUUUAAACGACAUUAGUUCAUUUAAAGUCAGUCUCAUUAACUGGUAACUGAGGGUUUAUACCAAAGCAACACUCGUACUUUUAAGAGUAACACACAUCACUUUAAAGUCCUGUUUUUGGUCUCCAUUUAAUCGCCUUGAUGCAGUGAUGUAAAGGUGUACUUCAGGAACGUGUGACAUCACUCUUGGUAAAAAUGUGUCAAAAACACACUUCUGGGCACAUAAUGAGGAACAGGUGAAAAACGUGUCGAAAUUCAAACAUGAAAAGAAAAGAACAAACUUACUGUUUGGUCUACCGUGAAGGUCCCAUUUAAAGUUACACCUUGAAGUACAGUAAAUGCUCAACCAGAACAACAUGAAUGAGUACAAGUAGUACUAGUGCAGCGUUUAGGAGAGCCGAGCGCCUGAUCAAUAAAACCUUUCACUUCCAGGAACGUUGUGUGCAGCAUUCCUAAUCAAAGUCUUGUAUCCAACAGAAACACAAACAAAACUAUUUUUGCUAUGAUAUUGCUGAACAAAGCAUUUUUUAGAUUACCCUCAGAAAUGCUCGGGGGUAGAGCUGCACAGGAUUUUCUUUUUGCUGUCUUUCACACGGAUGCUGUUAAAGUCUGUUUGCACUGAUCUGUUUACAUUUUUCCCUUCACGCCAUUUGAUGAAACUCUUUUUUUUUUUCUGGCACCAUAGAGAGCAUAGGGAGGCCAACACUUCAAGUUACUAUUCUAAGGUCUAAACUUAAAUCAGGAUAUUAUUGGUAUGUUUCAGGCAGGUUUUGGUCCAGCACAUUCUCUGUUGUUAGAUGCAAGAUAAAGAAAAGUAAACUAAAUAUGAUUCAAGUUGCACCUUUGCUUAAACGGGGCCCGAUAAUCAGCUUCUUUACACGUUUCUUUCAACUGAAGCCUACUGGUUAUAGAAUUCAAAUUCAGUUUGUUGGGGUUCUUUGGCUGAACAUUUCUGGUUGUAGACACAUUGACGAUGGAUUGAAGCUGCAAAAAAACCUGAAGCCUGAGAUGAGCCUCCUGAUGAGACUUUGGUCCCACGUUUGGCCAUUGGCCUCACAUUACUAUUAUUGUUAUUUAAUUGAAUUUUCUUACGUAGUUUAUCCCUAAGCUGGAUUUGUAUGUGAUCGGGUUCGGAACCGUCUCAUGUUUCCACAGCGAGUAAAUGACACUAGUAAAUAUUGAAUAUUGUAAGUAAGUAAAGUAUGAAGUGAAAUCUGUAUUUUUUAGGAGUAAGUUUUGUUUCACGAUGCAAAUGAACUGUUUAACCUGUUCCUUUUUGGAUUAACAGAGUAUAUUUUAAUUAUGCAAUUAAUUAUAUUUAAAGAUGUGAGAAAUGUUCGGGUGGUAUCCAUGUUGUCGCUCUUCACAUUUUAUUUGUUUUUCUCAGAGUUGCCGGGGAUUGAAGGUAGCUGAAGAUUUUGCACACAAGUCAAUUUUGCUGAUGAAAUACAGCCAUUUACAAUUUCUUCAAUAGUUUCCAAGUUAAAUAUUGUGUAAUAUUUAGUAGCUAUCACUUACUCUUUAUUGUCAACCUCAUCCCACCUUUAAGUUAAGCUAAAUGUUCCCUGUACCUGAUCAUGAAUUGAAAGUACUCAAUAUGAUGUGAUUGUAACAAUAUGUGAUUUUACUUUACCUCAAGAGAAAGAAUCUGAUAACCAAUAGAAAGCACGGUACAUUUAUAACAUGCUUAUAACACAUACAAGCGGGAGAGAUGCAACGCUGCUGUCAUGUUCGCACUAUUUUUGUAUUGUUAUUUAUCUGCUUCCGUUAGCUUCUAGGAAGCUAUUGUUCCAUUGUAUUAUUUCAGUUUAGUUAGUUUGCAAAGAAAAAUAAAUGGUAUUUUUAUUUUUUUCAUGGUAUAAGUAAAAACAAACUGUGAAAUGCAUUUACUGUCCUUUUAUUUAUAAAAGAAACCUUUUUACAGGUUAAACUGAGAAUAACCAGAGGGAGCUGAACACAAAUCCAUCAGUGAAAUUAGAAGUUUGAAGGUGAAGUCUGCAAGAAGCCGUGAUGGUUGGGAGUAUGAUAUUUAAAAACAUCACUGUGUCCUGUAUUCAUGGCUAAAAAUGAUUAGCAUCAAAGGUCGGCACCACAGAGAGUUCACACACUGGAUUGAAGAAAGAUAUGUUUUAAAAACCCAACUCCAAACCCAACCCCGACUCUUUCACAAAUCAAAUAAUAAACAGCACAGUCAGCAAUUAAGGCCUUUUCAUUAUGGAUGUAAUCUUUGGCCGAAAGAAGCAAUUACACUUACAUACAAUUUCAUUCAUUUAGUGCUGUCAGAAUGUAAUGAGAUAAGAUAUUAAACAAAAAAUGUUACCAACCCUGCAGUAAAAGUACUCCGUUACUUUCCAGCACUUGAGGUAA